CUUCUUUUCCGCCCUCCAAAAUUUGGCGAUCAUGAAUGCGCUUCCUGAUUUUCCCAUGGGCAUAAAUGAGUGCGGUUUCCGAUCGUCUACAGGGAUCACCAGGCCCCAGAGAAAAAUGGGCAUUCUCGAAAAGCCAUGAAAAGUGGCUCAUGACCCCGCGCGAAAGUUUGUUUGGAAUCUUACCAACGACAUCCGAUUCUCUUUUUAAGUUGGCUUCCCCGCUACCCGCUAUGGACUUUUGUUUACGUUUUGGGUGAAUCUGAACUUUCUAUUCCCUCGUGGUACCAAAUGUCGGCCACUCAUGCAGAAGACGAUGCACCAAUCAGCAGCACUACCACAUCUCGCACAGGAACGGCAGGAAGUUUAGUGGCGGAUCCGAUUCAUCACCAACGAGGGGAAACGCCACCGCCAUCGCCAUCGAGAGCGAAGGUAAAUGCUAGUGUCAAAACUUGUAGUGCUGCUACUGUAGCUGCAGAACCUGAAAUCAUGGCGACUGCCAUAUCGAGUCUACCCCGAUCUCCACUUACUUCACUACCGACACUAAAACCCGUGGAAGAAGGGGAUGCUGUGCCACUGGCUGCCGCCCCUGCCGCUAAAGCUUCCCCGCAUACGACAGCAUCGCAUCCGCUGCAAAAUCAGCAUCACGAGCUUCACCAGCAGUGCGCCGGAUUGGGAUUGGAGGCUACAGAGGCUACAGAGGCCACAGGAAAGGGAAGCAAAGGUGGGGAAGCCAAUCAUUCUGUAACCGCACCAGAGAAUCAUAGUGCGACGGAACACCAGAGCCAGGACAAGGACAAGGACAAGCAAGGGCACGGCAGCUUCGUCGCUUCCCACGAAAUGACAAUGAGAGUCAAAGGAGGUAAGACACGCGAGCACUUGCUCCCUCCUCUACAGUCAAGGAAUGUUCAUUAUUCGAGCAGCUCUAUCAUCCCCCAACCAAGGAACACAAUUAAUUGAAUUUAUUAGAAGCAGCACACUCAACAGUAACUCUUACCUCCAAUCCACAUCAAGCAGACAUCACACCACUCUCCCCAAAGACAGCAGACCCUACCUCCGAUAAUAAAGCUCCUAUUCCUCCAACCGGACAUCCUUCGGGUCGUCAACAGCCACCUCCUCUCUCCAAUAUAUUCCACUUUCAUCACGGUUCGGGUGAUAAUCCACAAACACCUGCACCACAUCCACACAUGUUUUUCAAAACUUCCCAUGGCCCAGGCACUGCUGCCCACCGUCGAAAAAGUCUGGCAAAUACAACAGCAAUCACCAAUUACGAAGCCGACUUGACGAGUCGAGACCGAGUCAAGCUGAAGGAGGCAGUCAAAAAAUACUUGGUAGAAAAGGUCAAGGAUGAUUGGAAGUGGGAGUGGCCGCGGCCGGAGGAGACGAGCUCCCCUGAUAAUACGCGGGUUCUGGAACUUGAUGGAGCUACGGAAGAAACUCCAAAUGAAGACCUAGAGCCUACAGAAAGUAUUGAGCAACAAUGGCAGGAGAGGGAUGAAUGGAUUAGUAACGCGAGUGAAAGCGAGCCAGAACCUGCGUCCAAAGUCUUGAAUGGUAUAACCUCAAAUCCCAGGACGAGUCCAUUUCGAUUCGAGAAUCCAGAUGUUGUAGGAGAGACAGUUCAAAAUGCCCUCCGGGAUCGCAAGCGAAGACGGAAGAGGAGGAAUAAGGAGGAAAUGAAUUGGAAUGAUGGAGUGCGAUGUUUCACAGAACGGCGAGAUGCAUGGACUGGGGCUCGUCGAAAACGUGCCGCUCCCCAAAAUACGGCCCAACAAAAGCGAACUUCAGUAUCCACCGAAGAUGGUGGUAGUUCUACGGCCAUCGAGAACGAAGCCGACGAUGAAUGGGAAGAUUCUGAUACUGAGGUUCCAAUUGCCCCACCAAUACUACCCCCUACCAACGCUAUGCGGCAAAGCAUCACCCCUGAGGCUUACAAUACGAUAUACGACAAAGUAAUCCUUCAGCAAUUGACCCCCAGUUGCCCUAUGAAUCUUCAAGAUGUGAUACGCAGUUGUGUCCAUGGUUGGAAACGAGAUAAUGAAUGGCCACCGAAAGCCGCAGGUGGACCAAUCCAAGUACCCAAACCGAAGAAAAAGUUGAGAAAGUUGAGUGUAGCGGGUAUCUUUGGACUCGACAAAGACAAAGACGGGAAUAAAGAUCAGCCGACCAGUCCAGGGGGUAUUCGAAGGGGAUUACAGAGAUUGAUGAGUUUUGGAAAGGAUAGUGUAUCGUCGCCUACCAGUCCAGGACUUAAUGGUCAUGUGGCUAAUGGGAAUGGGAAUGGGAAUUUGCAUGCAGAUGGACAGGUUGGGAAUGGACAUGUGGAGGUAGAGGGAGAGGAGGUUGCUAAACCAACUCCUCCUCCCCCUUGACGAGGCUCUGUCUACUUUUCUACUCCUCAGUAUUUGUUUUUGUUGCGGCAUGUGUAUAGUACUCAUGGCGGUUUUUUGGACGUUGCAUAUAUGCAUGAUACGGCGUUUUUUCUCUCUCCUCCCUACGACCUUGCACGCUUUCUUUUGAUUCUGGUAUAGCUAGCUAUCUAGCUAGCUGUGUUCUUAUAUGUUUUGGGUGCAUGGUGGUUAGUGGUGCUUGGGUAUAGCUAGCCUUUUUUGGGGGUUUUUGGUGGCACUCGUGGUCAUUUUAUGAUGAGAGAUGAAGUAGUAAUUGUAUUAGCUAUGGGGUGGGAGAUUGUAGAAGGGUGGAAAGGGGGAGAGAGAGGGCUAGUCUUGUCGAUAAGGUAGAUUUGGUUAGGUUAUGUACUUGGGAUAGUGGUUUAAU